AUGUCAUCAAUUAGCCAUGAUCAAGAUUCAAUAAUUUUCCUUCAUGGAGACUUAGAUAUAACAAUUCUUGAAGCAAGAUGUUUACCCAACAUGGAUUUACCAGCAGAACGCGUUCGACGUUGUUUAAAAUGUUUCCAUUUAUGCAAAACACCAAAACAAACCGAUAAGCAACCAAAACGGAAGAAUCACAAGGUGAUCACAAGUGAUCCAUACGUUAGCGUGUGCUUAGCUGGAGCCACGGUUGCACGCACACGUGUGAUCUCUAACUCUCAAUAUCCCGUUUGGAACGAGCACAUUGUUACACCUGUAGCUCAUCCUGUGACCAAUGUUGAGUUUCAAGUUAAGGAUAAUGAUGUUUUUGGCGCGGAUAUGAUUGGUACUGCAAUCAUAUCCGCGAAAUGGAUUGUGUCGGGUGAGUUGAUUGAGGAUUGGUUUCCUAUACUUGGUCCAUUAGGUAAACCCCCAAAGCCUAAAGCGGCUUUGAGGUUGAAACUUAAAUUUAGUCCUUGUGAAGAUGGUGAUGACAAAUCAUCAAGUGGCUCACACGAGUCGUUAGGGUUGAGUAAAAGUUAUUUUCCAAUGAGGCAUGGAUGUGAUGUGACAUUGUAUCAAGAUGCACAUGUUGGAGAUGGACAAUUGCCAGAGAUAAAUCUUGAUGGAGAUUGUCAAAAGUUUAAGCAAAAAGGAUGUUGGGAGGAUAUCUGUCAUGCGAUAUUGGAAGCUCGUCAUUUGGUUUAUGUUGUUGGAUGGUCGAUUUUCGAUAAGGUGAAGUUAGUUAGGGAACCAACAAAGGCAUUGCCAAGUAAUGGUGAGUUAAGUCUUGGGGAGUUGUUGAAGUGUAAAUCACAAGAAGGGGUUAAGGUUUUGUUGCUUGUUUGGGAUGAUAAGACUUCACAUGACACAUUCUUCCUUAAAACGGAAGGAGUUAUGCAAACUCACGAUGAAGAGACUCGGAAGUUCUUUAAGCACACAAACGUCCAGUGCGUGUUGGCACCUCGAUAUGCAAGCAGUAAGCUUAGCAUUUUCAAGCAGCAGGUUGUUGGGACACUAUACACACAUCAUCAGAAAUGUGUUUUAGUGGAUACACCAGCCCAUGGAAGUUACAGGAAGAUAUCUGCAUUUCUUGGAGGCUUGGAUAUGUGUAAUGGACGCUAUGACACACCUGAACAUCGUUUAUUUCGUGAUCGUGACACUGUAUUUAAGGAUGAUUUCCAUAAUCCAACAUUUUCUUCAGGUAUAAAAGGACCACGCCAACCAUGGCAUGAUUUGCACUGCAAAAUUGAUGGCCCUGCUGCACAUGACGUGCUUAAAAACUUUGAGCAAAGGUGGAAAAAGGCUACAAAGUGGUCUCGAGUUGGACAGAGAGUCAAAAAAAUAUCCCCAUGGCAUGAAGAUUCAUUAUUCAAGGUAGAGCGGAUUCCAUGGAUACUUUGCCCUUCAUCUAGAGUUCCAGAUGAUGAUCCAUCACUAUGGGCUUCUAAGGAGGAAGAUACUAAUAGAUGGCAUGUUCAGAUUUUUCGCUCAAUCGAUUCUGGUUCACUGGAAGGAUUUCCCAGAGAUGCCCAAGUAGCUGAGUCUCAGAAUCUUGGCUGUUCAAAAAAUGUUGUGAUCGAUACAAGCAUUCAGAAGGCAUACAUCAAAGCCAUAAGAUCCGCCAAACACUUCAUCUACAUCGAGAAUCAGUAUUUUCUUGGUUCAUCAUAUGCAUGGCGGUCCAAUAAAGAUACAGGUGCUGACCAUUUGAUCCCAAUGGAGCUUUCCUUGAAGAUUGCUAGCAAGAUACGGGCAAACGAGAGGUUUUCUGUUUAUGUUGUCAUUCCAAUGUGGCCAGAAGGUGUUCCUAAUUCUGCGCCUGUUCAAGGAAUCUUGUUUUGGCAGGGACAAACUAUCGAGAUGAUGUAUGAAAUUAUUGCUCGAGAGAUUAAGAAUUCAAAACUCAAGAAUGCCCAUCCACUUGACUACUUAAAUUUUUACUGCCUCGGAAACCGCGAGAGAUGCAAGGAUGAAAGCAAGAAACCUUUAGAUGGCAGUUCGGUUUCAGCAUCUCAGAAGAAUGGAAGGUUCAUGAUCUAUGUACAUGCAAAAGGAAUGAUAGUAGAUGAUGAAUAUGUGAUUUUAGGAUCUGCGAACAUUAACCAACGAUCCAUGGCUGGCUCAAGAGAUACAGAGAUAGCCAUGGGGGCUUAUCAGCCUCACCACACAUGGGCUCAACAGAGUAUGCACCCACAUGGUCAGGUAUACGGCUAUAGAAUGUCACUAUGGGCCGAACACUUAGGUAACAUCCAAGAUUACUUCAAGGAGCCAGAAAGUUUAGACUGUGUGCGGAAUAUAAAUGAGUUUGCAGAAGAGAACUGGGAAAGGUUCGCUUCUGACUACUUUACUCCGUUACCAGGCCAUCUUCUGAAGUACCCUAUUCAAGUUGAUGCAGAUGGAAAAGUAAGCUCGUUACCCAACUAUGAACAUUUCCCUGAUGUUGGUGGCAAGAUCCUUGGUGCUAUAUCCAACCUCCCUAAUGCUUUAAUUACAUAACGUUU